AUGAACGGCUAUGAUCAGCCCAAUGGACUUCCGAGAACCUCUGCAUCUUCUCAACCCAAAGAGCUGUCGCCUACGGGUCUCGCUGCCAUAGCGGCGUUCCAGAGUAUCGCGGGGAGGAGGAGGGGUAUGUCAACCGACGACAUGAUGGACGCGGAGUAUGAGGAGCAGAAGCGGAGGGAGAUUGAAAUGCAAAAGGCUCGUCAGAGGAGGAUCAAGGAGAAGGUUCCUGGCCGGCGGGCCACAGGGAAGGCGAAGGCAGGCGAUAUUGACGCGGUCCUCGAUGAGAUCAAGGAUGAGUGGGCAGUUGUCACCGAUCCCGAUUUCAACCCAGUCGACCUCGCAUUGCAACUGCUGGACGAAACGUCACUUGGGAAAGACAUGGAUUCGUUCCGGAGAACGAAGGAUAUGCUCUCGCGAGCUAUGAAGGGCUCCGUGGACCAACAUUAUCAGGCGUUCAAUGCUGCCCUACCUCACCAUGCAUCUCUGCUCAAUCAUCUCGAUGCCACACAAGUACAAAUCAAGGACGCUCGCAAUGCGCUGCAGGAAGCAAAGGAGACGUUGGGCAGCAAACGCGCGGACCUUGUGCAAUUGUGGACAAGAAACCAAACCGUCGAAGAGAUGAUGCGCAUUCUGGAUCAAAUCGAACACCUGAAGUUGGUUCCCGAUGCUCUCGAGAGUCUCAUCCUCGAGAAGCGUCUCUUACAAGCAGCGGCCCUCUUAAUCCGUAGUUUGAAGCUGAUCAACAAGCCCGAUAUGCGGGAGAUAGGUGCAAUUUCGGACUUACGAAGCUAUCUGGUUGGCCAAGAAACGACAUUACGGGAGAUCCUCGUUGACGAACUCCACAGUCACCUGUACCUUAAGUCGUUCUGGUGCGAGUCACGAUGGACCGUGUACACACCUAACCAAAACGGAUUCUCCAGCUCAGAGGAUCAAGACGAUGGUGCUUACGCCCAGUCAACAAGACCACUAUCAACAUCGUCCCCCAUCUCACCAACUACGUCGAAACGAUCAUCGCGGUUGGCUAGAUUUCUUGAUGAUCUUGCGCUGCGUCCCAAUGAUCCGCCCUUUGAUGUCAAUGACACGGGAUACCGGAAAAGCUUGUCGGGCGGCCUUUCAGGGCUUGGUCCGACGUCCUCUGGUGCACUGUUUGGUUCAGCAUCGUCGUCGAAUGCUCAGCCGCGCAAUCCCGAAGCAGAUUCCUUCGCGUACAUCGAGACGCUCUUGGAAUCUCUCGCCAUCUUGGGCAAGCUUGGCACCGGAUUGGACAUCGUUGCCCAGAAAUUACCUGGAGAGAUUUUCUCUCUAGUCGAAGCGACAGUGGAAGAGGUAUCCGAACGAGCCGAGUAUGGUCGUCGAGGCUCGGUCAUUGCAAUGGUCGACUCCGCCAAUGCGACGGCAACACGAUCCCCUGACCUUUCCUUCCUGUCGGCUCCGGCUAUUACAUCCAACGCUAUGGGCAUCGCCGGUGUCGCCAUUGCUACUGCGCUACAGGGAUCGCCUAUGCAUGCGCGUCGCGCUGUCAUGGAUGCUACAGCAUUGCGACUGACGGCAUUGGAGUCCUCGACGAAGAUCUUGGAUCAGGAGAUACUGAAAGAUUUCUUCUGGACAUUGUACUCUAAGCUCAUCGCUGUCAGCGAAGGUCUGCGUGUGGUCUACGAGAUUGCAAACCGUAUCGGUUCUCGGAGGGACUACAAGGACUCAUCUGGAACCAAGCCCGGAGCAUUGUUUCCCCUGGAGGAAGUCUGGGCACCCAUACAGGCGGAGGUUAGGACUCUCCUCAGCGAUUACAUUACCGACGAGGAGCAAGGCGCGGUAUCCGGUCGCAAUCCAAUCUCGUCCAUCAACGAGAUUCUUCGGGACGGUCGCUACAAUCGCGACAAAGGAAAGCCUAUCUUCCGUUUCGCGGACACAGAUGCGAAGUCCGCAACGAAGACUUUGCGUCGACACGAGGACGAGCUCACUCGUGUUCUCAAGGAUACGGUUCCAGGCCUUGUACAGGGUUCAGAGAAUGCCGUGCAAGCAACGCUAGCAGCCGUUGGUACCGAUGACCGUUUGAUGGGCACCGGCCAACACCAUCGACUAUUGAUGCAUCCCAAUGCGUUCCACGUCAGCGUUCUCUUCCAGCCUACACUUGCUUUCCUUGACCGCAUAACGGACGUCCUUCCCACCGGCGUGGAGGCAGCAAGAGCUUCUAGCGCAGUAUUAGACGAGUUUGUUCUAAGAGUAUAUCUGCCUCAACUCGAGGACAAGGUAUCAGCUCUGUUCCAUCAAACAGUCACUAGCCCAGACGCCUUCGAACCUGAUCCCGCCUCGUUGGCUUUAUCCUCGAAACCUCUUGUGAAGGCAAGCGUGCAGCUCAUGGCUCUCAUCAACUCUCUAUGCGCAAUGCUGCGAACAACACCAUUCCAUCGCGAGAACUAUUCUCGGCUCAUCCUCACCGUCAUUGGCAAAUUUUACCAGAGAUGCAGCGAUAGAUUUUCAGAUCUUGUCGCCGUCAAAAGCGAAACGCCUUCAGCUGACGAUGAGGGGCGUAUUGCGCUCGCCGCGCAGUGGGCCCAGAAGGUUGAGCUGGGCCCUUGUCUUACAGAACUUCUGAAACUUCUCGCUGGAGACCCGACGGCCGCACAAAAGACCCAGCUAUGCAGGCAAGAAACCCACCUGGAGAAUAGUUUGCUCGGCGAAGGUGCAGUCAGCAAGAAUGACCUCAUUGUGUCCAUUCGGAACGUAUCCGCCCUCGCGAGUCUAUACCAUAGCGUCACCUGGUUCGCCGCUCAGCUGAAUGCCCUCAAAGCUGCACCAAACAAUGUUCCGUCGACGUCGCCACAACAGCUCGAGCCCCCGAGCGCUCUAUCACCAUCCACGCCUUAUCUUCCUACUAUCACCCCCUUGGCGGAGCUCAUCAUCGAUACCAUUCGCAUCGACAUCAGAUGUCGUGUCAUUCAUCACCUCGAUCUCGCGCUCAGACACGGCAUCUACCGUAUCGAACGAGAAGCGGGCGAGCCUGACCCACACAUCGUUGACUUGAACACCGAGCUGGGCAAUUGCGACGCAUGUUUGACUGCGACAUUGCCUGAUGUUGAGCGAAAGUUUGCGUUCGAGGGCAUGGGGCACCUCAUGCAGCAUCUUCUCGUCUCAAAUGCUCGCUAUAUUCAUUCUGUAAACGUGUACGGCAUCAAGAAGAUGAACAGGAACAUGCUCGCGCUGCAGCAGAACAUCAAGACCAUCACGGAUGAUAGCGAUAGCACUCAGUUUGAGCGGGCGAAGCGAUACUACUCGCUGUUCUUGCUUUCACCACCGGAAUUGCUCGAGACAGUGCGGCAAAAGCAAGAGUUCACCUUCGACGAGUACAAAGCAAUCCUAGACCUCCAAUGUGGCGUGCAACCCAGCGCUGCAGGUGGUGCGGCGCAGGCGGCAGAUCGCAACUACAACAUGUAUCUUAUUGAAUUGCACGGACUGGAGCUCGAGAACUCCGCAGACGGGAGUUGA